AUGAAAAUAAUAAACACAAUAAAUGCUUUAGAUUAGCAAAUUUCAUCAAAAGCAAAUUAAAAUUAAUUAUAAUUAUAUAUUAUAAAGCUCAGCUUGCUCAAUCCAAAGACUCAAAUUCAAAAUUUUAUUCCUGUUAUAAGAAAGAAUGCUUAGGGGCAUCCAAGCCAAAAGCGUAGCUGUUUUAGAAAGCUCGACUUGUAAUAAGCUUUCCACGAACUAAAGCAUGUCUUGAGCAAAGAUUUGUGUACUUUUUAGCAACAAGAAUAGUACAGUUUAAAAUAACAAAAGUAUCAGUUUUUAAUAGUUAGAAGUAUUGAAUUCCAUUAGAUUUUGCAUCUUUAUUGUAAAUAAGAGGUAAUUAAACGCUGUCUGAGAGCUAAUUGA